AUGUUCCUCCCUUGGAUUGAGACCGUUUCACUCAUGUUUGUCCUCAUAGUCAUGUGUAGAACUCUUCUGAAGACGGCAAUGGUUUAUGGAGGUUUUCUGGGAACAUCUGCAAAUCUUCGUUACCAGAUAAUUGCUGGAUUAAUAGAGCAUCGCAUAUCUGAUGAGCUUUCUUCUCAACCUCUACUUGUAAAUGUGAUUUCAUUUGUUGUGAGGACACUUAACUCAUAUUUUGGAACACAGCAAUGGAUUGAUCUUGCGCGCUCUACGGGUCUACAGACUCAGAAAAGCAUCCUAGCCUCUGAGGAAAUUACGGAGCCGUUGGAAGAAUCUACUACGGUGGAGAGUAAAGCUACGGAAGAGGAAAGUAUUGACAAGCUCGAUAAUCAAUGA